CGGCUGUUGUUCCUUUCGUAUCAUCCUUCAGGAAUGCAGAUAUGGGAUUGUACCGACCUCAGCUCGGUCACGGAACUCCUAAAUCUGCCAUCCGAGUCUGUACGGCAACUCAUCAGUAAUGACUCGAACCCAAAUGAAGACUUACUGGACGUGGCCGUUGCAUAUGCAGGGAUAAUACCAGGAGGUCCACUUGAAGAAACAAGUCCAAUGUUGGGAAUACUGUUAGUUGUAACCCCGACUGAGGACAAACGAGAUCUUGUAGAUGAGGCUUCGGACUCCGUACUGCUCAAUUCCAAGAAUGAAGUUCUUCCAGAAUCUGCUGAUAAUUAUACCUUUUUGUUAAUCUAUUCCCUGGUGGAUCAUCAUAUAACCAAGAGGAUCCGUAUUCCUGGGCUUGCUGUCGGCGGUGGACGAUUUGAAGUUGGCAAUGACUUUGUUGUAGUUAGUACGACCGUCCCUCCAGCUCUACACGUACUCUCUUCAACAACCUUCGACGUGUUGCACCAAAUUCCCUCAAGCGAUAUCCUACCAUUUUGUCACAAAUCUUCGCAUUCAUCUUCACGACGUCACUCGUUUUUGGAAACCACUUCAAAUAUAGUCAACGGCAUAUAUAACAACUAUAACGAACAUUUCAAUGAUAAAUACCACAAUCUAAGCUAUCGCAAUAAUGUAACAUCACCAUCUGUAGAGCAUCAUUUUUCUUCCGACCUUUCUUCAACCUCCCUUGAUGCCACGGGCGAGCAUUAUGGGAGGCAACCAUCUGAUUAUAAUCGCCAAAGACGUGCUACAAUGCAUGGACAGGAUUCGCAGGCAGCGGAGCUUCCGUCCAUGAAUAUACCUGAGACCACUCCCCUGCCUGCUCCCGUAUUUUCUGUUUCUGGUCGUCUGUUGGCCUACGCUUCCUCUCCGGAAGGCAAUACUUCGCUUUCGGUCAACGGAGUCCAACCCCGAACGUCAUCAACGUUAUCUGAUGCGGCAGUAUCAACAGCGUCUGCCUUUGGAUCUACGCUUAGCGCACAAUUGGCUAGUAUUGGAGGCGCAGGAGGUGCAAGUGGCGCACUUGGCGCACUUGGUGGGAUCAGCCAAGCGGACGUGGGUAAUGCCGCGCUCAAGGUUGGUGGAAGUGUCCUGAGUGGAAUGAAAACCUUGGGUGGCUUGGCAUAUAAGAGUGCCGUGGCCGCUGCGACCGAUUCGGGUCCUUAUUCAAGAAUGAAUCGUCAAGGUAGCAAAGGUGGCGCCGCAAUUGGCGGUGGGGUCGGUGGUUUGGCAAAUAGGUUUUUUUCCCGCAGCGCUCCUGCGGCGACGUCUUCAACUGAAGAUCAGGAUCGUCGUUAUUCCACGAGUCCGGCUGGAUCGACGGGUAUUGAUGGAUAUGAAGUCGGGAAAACCAUCAGUGUUGGUCAGGCGAAUGCUCCAGGUUCGAAUCUCCGACCGUCUGCACCACCGCGGACCCUGCCAAUUAUUGAGAACGGUUAUCAUGUCACAGUGUUGGAUCUUGCUCAUUUAACGUCGGAUACGACGUCUCAAACAAGAUCAUCUAAGAACACUAGCUCUCCUGCUGUCGUUAUGCAUUUCGUCGCAUCCAAAUCGCACCCUUUGUCAAAUAUGUGGUUUUCAGCUAGUGGAACGUUGCUCUCGACUGUUUCUAGGGACGGUCAGACCGCUCAAAUAUACGAGAUCAGAACUGAUCCAAUGCAACGAAUUCAUGAGGCAUCGGAAGACCGCAACAUCACCUCUCAUAGCGAAUCGAGAGGAGGUGAUGUUUCACGAUUCUCCCCGCCUCUUCCUAUUAAUAUUCCAACCAUAUCUCCGCCUCCCGUCUAUAAUCUUCGUCGAGGUCGAACUCCCGCUGUAAUAGAUUCGGCAGAUUGGGCCUCAGACGGUCGCUGGUUGGCAAUCGGGACACGGAAACGGACUGUGCAUGUUUUCGCUGUCAAUCCUUAUGGUGGGCCCUCCGAUAUUCCUAGUCACACCACCGGUAGAGUAAAUAAUGUCACCGAAUUGCCAACAAGUCCGACCGAUAUGCAUCCUCUGGUCCGUCUGAGAGUAACCAGAAAUCCGAGGCCGGAUCAACCUCAAGUUCCCCUUGCGUUUACUUUUCUUGAGCCCUCGGUUGAGGAGGAACGUCAAUUGCCCCCAAACCUUCUUCCACCCUUGAGCUCUCCGCACUUACUACCUACACAUCAACAUUCUUACGGAAGUGUCAGCACUGUCAUGUCUUCAUCACCUUCCAUGCGAUCCGAUACGUUGUCGUUGUCUCCUCACCAGCAACUUAGUCCUCAUGGUCGUCCAAGAAACCUCCAGGAUAUUCUUGUUUUUGAUCCCACAGAUGGUAUACUGUCCCUAAGGCGCAUAUAUACUGAUGUCAAAUUCAAACCAAACGAUGGAGCCUCAAUUCUUGGUACGAACUUCGGCUCUAUAGGUAGUACGGGUGCUAGCAGAUCACUACCCGGGACCAACGCUGGCGGACGAUUGAGCGUGUCAACAUCUCCACGAAUAUCCUCUGUGGCAACCACUGGUCUUCCACACUCCAAGGCAGAGAAUGGCGAACUGAUAGGUAGAGAGAACUUUGUCACUUCGUGGAGGUUACGACGCGGGAGAGAUUGGCCCGAGAAAAAAGAAACAUCGAUGAACGACGAAAGAGGUUCAGCAAGGCAAGACACUACUCAUCAGUCCAAUUGGCUAGCACAGGCAGAGCUUUCGACACACUCUGGGUCCACUCGAGUUCUUCCUCGUUCUAUUUAUCUCUCGCAUCAAUUUUCCUUCCGAACUCUAGGGGAGGACUACCAUGCUCUCAUCCGCCGAUAUCAACUCGACCUCACUGGUACUAAGAUUGAAGUUCGCAAGGGGAUCGAAGUGAGCGCGUAUUCUACCGGUCACAGCGAGUCAUUUGUCGAAGGGGGUGGUUUUGCUAUUCAUUACGACCGUCGACGACUGUCAUCGUCUUUCGAUGAGCCCCUCACCUCUGCUUUGACUGGAGGGUUAGAUCAUACACCCGCUCAAUCAGUGCUACCUAUGUUCCCAAAUGGCGCUCCAGGAACUAAACCGCGAUCAUUCAAAAACCACAUCCCCAUCAGAACCAUGACAGGCAUAGGGGACGGAAUGAGCGAAGGUAUUGGGCGUUUUAAACGGGAAAUCAUCAAGGUCCGGUCACCUCAGCAUCUUACCAAUUUGGACAGCAGUGCUUCUGCGUCCGUUCCGCUUGAGUUUGAUGAAGAGGACGAGGACUUCCUGUCCCAUGAAGAGGAAUCAGAUCGUUCUCAGAGUGGUUCUCGUCCAGUCUCGCCAGGUGAACAUCCCCAAGAAUCCAACAACAUACAGGAAGAUGAUAUUUUUGAUGAAGAUCAUGAUCAAUGGCCUGGAUGGGUGGGAGAAGACAGGAAGGCUGUUGAGGAAGCUGAGAUGUUUGAUGAUAUCUCCGCUGUAGGUCUCAUGGAUGAGGAGAUUCAUGCAGGACUGUCAAAUAAGGGCAAGAAUGAGAAACGAAAUCAGUAUUAAGAUUGUAUUUUGAUUGUAUGUACGACUCAUAGGACGCAAUGGAUAUGCCAUAUUGGGCAGCGUAGUUCAUGAGUUCAUCUUCAC